GAAUCGUAGGUACUGCAAUCUACACCAGGAGAAAAGGUAGAUAUUGAUCGCAGACCACGUACCGUACCGUACGGCGACCUACAUAUACAGAUAGAUCGUUUACAGAGUCUCCAGUGUUCCGUGCCAUCCACUACAGUAUAUUAAAAUUGUGUAUGCUGUAUGUGAGUCAGUUCGUACAAGAUGGCUACACAACCACAACCACCACCACCACAGGGACAGCCACAGCCUGGUGGCUACCCACCACAGCCACCCCCACCGGCGGGGUACGCGCCCCCACCCGUAUACCAGCAAACCGCAGGUCAGCAGACCGUGAUCGUCACAACUCCGGGGUUUGCCGCAAACACGCAAAACCGGGGGGUGUACCGGGAGAAUCCCGUCAGCAUGAUCUGUCCAUUCUGUCAGGCACAGAUAGUGACCUCUACCACCUACGUAACCGGCACAUUAGCCUGGCUCAUUUGUGGCAUUCUACUCCUCCUUGGAUUUUGGCUCGGCUGUUGCCUCAUUCCGUUCUGUAUCGAUGGAUGCAAGGAUGUCGUACACAACUGUCCUAACUGCCGUCAACAGGUCGGCAAGUUUAACCGAAUGUAGGAAAUCUACAUCGCCAGAUCCUGGAUAACUGCUUCAUUUAACUACCAUCGGUUUGUAAUCGACGUAGAUCACGUUUUAAAGGUUCUGUACAUCUACUAUUAAACGCGUUCUCAAUUGUAGACAGCCACGUUAUGUAUCUUCAUCUAGAAAUUGAAUUUGA